AUGAAAGCUGCUGCAGCCUUCUUGCUGGUGCUGGGUUGCCUGGCCGUCAGUCAUGCAUGGAGAUGCAGCGAGGGUCCGCGGCUGAAUUACGCCAGACAGGUUGAUGCUGGAAUGGGAAAAGUGGUUGGAACAGACAUUUACAAGCGGGCCUAUUUCCUGAGUGGACGGUCCUGGUACAGACUCGGCACUACCGCCCUCAAGCAUGUCUCAGUGGGACCUUCAGGAACGUGGGGGACUGACGCCGCCAACAGGGUCCACAAAUUGGUAGCUGGAAACUUCAAACGAGUCAAUGGUCUGACCAUGCAGCAGGUAGAUGCUGGUGGUGAUGGGCAGGUCGUCGGGGUAAGCCCCUCCUAUCGCAUCUACUGUAUGAGAGAGGCUUAUGCUUUGCCAUACUAUGGAGCGGGCAAUGGCAGGUGGACAAACAUUGCUGGAGGCCUGAAGUACUUCAGCUGCAGCCCAAAGAGCGGAUGCUGGGGAAUUAACCGACAAUCCAGAGUUUAUGCCACUGCGGGAAUAUCACCAACCACCUGCAGGAAUAGUGGCUGGAGAUACGUGUCAGGGCUAGCAAUGACAAUGAUUGAAGUGGGGACAGACGGAAGCGUUUUUGGAGUGAGUACAACGAGGAAGCUCUACCAAAGCUCCACAGAGAGAAGCCAGAAGUUGAUCCACAGUUGCACUGCAGAGCACAGAGACAACAUGAAAGCUGUUGCGGUCUUAUUCCUGCUGCUGUCUUGCCUGGCAGUCAGUCAUGCAUGGAACUGCACCGAGGCUCCGCGGCUGUACAACGCCAAACAGGUUGACGCUGGAAUGGGAAAGGUGGUUGCAACAGACAUUCACAAGCGGGCCUUUUUCCUGAGUGGACGGUACUGGUACAGACUGGGCACAGUCUCUCUCGUACAUGUCUCAGUGGGACCUUCAGGAACAUGGGGGACUGACGCUUUAAGCAGGGCCCACAAAUUGGUCGCUGGAAACUUCAAUCUAGCCAAUGGUCUGACCAUGCAGCAGGUAGAUGCUGGUGGUGAUGGGCAGGUCGUCGGAUCAAGGCCCUCCAACUAUCUCGCCUACUGUCUGAGAGAGGCUUAUGCUUUGCCCUUCUAUGGAGCGGGCGGUAUCGGCUGGUCUUACCUUGCAAAAGCCCUGAAGUACAUCAGCUGUGGCCCACUGUACGGAUGCUGGGGCGUUGACUCAAGUUCCCGUGUUUAUCUCACUAGGGCAAUGUCACCAACCUCCUGCGGCACAAGUGGCUGGUUAUACGUGUCAGGGAUGGCAAUGACAAUGAUUGAAGUGGCGACAGACGGAAGCGUUUUUGGAGUGAGUACAAGGGGCCAGGUCUACCAAAGAGUUGGCAUCAGCAGUUCUCGCAGAGAAGGCACAGGUUGGAGUUUAGUCUCAAUGUGCAUGCCUGUCAAACACGUGAGCUACGACCUGCGCCAGCUUUGGGUCGUCACCACCUCUGGUUUGCUCAUGAGAUGCACCCACUAA